AUGACCAAGCAAGCCACGGAAGAUCGGACCAUCAACCUCGCCGCCCUUCGGGAGACGGCCCUGGAGCAGCUCACCGACGAGCAACUCCUGGCCCUCCACCAAGAGGGUGACGAAGACCGUCCCUACCUCGCCACGCUGAUCCAGCGUUACGAGCGGGAGCUCUAUAGCUUCCUCCGCCGUUAUCUAGGCGACGCCGCCCUGGCCGAAGACGCCUUCCAGGCCACGUUCCUCCAGGUCCACCGCAAGGGGCACCUGUUCGACUCGGGCCGGAAGUUCCGUCCCUGGCUGUACACGGUCGCUACGAACCGGGCGAUCGACCUGCAACGCCGGAACAAGCGUCACCAAGCGGUCAGCCUGAACCGCUCGGCCCGCGCCGAAAACUCCGACAGCGGCUCGCUGAUCGACCUGUUGCCCUCGGGCGAAACGGGUCCCGGCGAACGCUUCGAGUCGGCCGAGCGUACAGAGUGGGUGAGGCGAGCCGUCGCCAGCCUGCCGGAGCCUCUCCAGCAGGUGGUGUCGCUCGUCUACUUCCGCGGCAUGAAGUACCGCGAGGCGGCCGACGAACUCCAGGUGCCGGUUGGCACCGUGAAGAGUCGGUUGCACUCGGCGGUCGGCAGCCUCGGCCAGCAGUGGCUGCUGGCCCGUGGCGCCGCGGGUGAAGUAAGCUUGGGGAUCGGUUCACGGACCGGCGGGGCGAUUCAGCCCACCGGCAUUCCUGCGUCGCGGGCGGCGGUUUUCGAUAAGUCCGCGUUUGAGCAGCGUCUUGUUGAUGAGCCGGACCUUGCCGAGCGGCUCGAGACUUUCAGCCGCUGUGUCGACGCCCAUCAGGGCGCCGAGUGCUGCGAAGAAUCGGAGCCGGAAAAAGUCCCCGUCCCUCGACGCCUCGCUGACCGCACGGCCCACGCCAUCCUGGCCGGCCACUUAGAGCGCGCCGGCGAGUGCGUCGGCCGCAAGCGGUACAACCUCGUCGAGGUCGUCGCGAUUGGCGUCGCGGCGACGUUCCUGGGCGGACUGAUCCUGCCGGCGAUCGAAGCGAGCCGCGAGUCGUCUCGUCGCGACCAAUGCGCGUUCAACCUUGCGACUCUGGGUCAAGGCCUGCAGAGCUAUUCGCAAGACCACGGCCACAUCCCGCAGAUCGGUCUUACCCAAAACGCCGGCCUCUUUACGUUGAUGCUCGCCGAGGGGCGGUACUUCGACCGAGAAGAACUUCAAAGGUCGCUCGUCUGCCCCUCUUCGAAUCUCAGUCAGAUGAUCGCUGACGGUGAGUUGAAGGUUAUCAUCCCGACGCGCGAACAUCUUGAAGCGGCCAACGCCGAGCAACUCCUCGAACUGCAACGGCUCAUGGCGGGGAGUUACGCCUACCGCAUCGGUUACUUCCAGGGACGCAGCUUCAUUCCCUUCGGCGGCAAAGGCGGCUGCCGUUCGGCGAUCCUAGCGGACACGCCUACCCUGGCGAGUGGGACCGAGGUUGUCAGCCGCCAUCACGGCAAGUGCGGCCAGAACGUCCUCUUCGGCGACGGGCACGUCGCUUUUGUCUCGAGUUGUUGGGCGCCCGACGACGUCGACCACCUCUACCUCAACGACGACAACCAGCUCGCCGCCGGCCACGACGAAUACGACAUCGUGCUGCUCCCCGGCGACGUAACGCCCCUGGGCGUGCAGCUCUUCGAGCUCGGCGAGUAA